UUUGUCAGGAUGUCUACCAUCCCGAAGCGCUUCGGGUUGAGCAGCAGAGGACAAUCAUACAUGUUUAAAGAACUUGAGAAGAUUCGCCAGGAGACCAGAAAGGAUUAUCUUCGAUUCAAGCAGACACUGGCCACCAAGCAGGCUUUGGGUGAAAGCGCGGAUGAAGACCUCGAGGACGAGGACGAGGAGGCCGGGCCGAAGGGCUCCGGGAAGAAAGAGCGCCUGCCUUCGGCAUCCAGACCAUCCUCCGAGCGGCCUGCAGGGAAGCCGCACGGCGCACGUGGCGCCCCGGGCCCCGCGGCCACUCUCGCGCAGCCCCCAGCCUUCCGCCCGCAGGACUUCUACCGGAGGACUUGGGCGUUCCCACGGCACGGGCCGCCGAAGAAGCCGCCAGCCAUCGCCCAGCAGGCCGGCACCUCGAAGCCCGUGGUCCUGCUGCCGCAGCGCUGGCGCCGGCCGAGAUCCAGAGCGAGCAGCCCGAGAACCCGGCUGUCCCGGAGGGUGAUGGCCCCGGGCCCUCGGCGCGAAGCCCCGCUGCUCGACGUGGCCGGGGCCGGGCACAGGCAGGCCGGUUCCGACUCCAGCCCGGGCAGCGAGGCCGAGGGCAGCGGGUGGCAGCGCAGGUCGAGGAUCCUGCCGGGGGCCAGAGUCCUGCGCGGCGGAGGCUUGUCUGCUCAAGCGCCGCAGGCCGCGCCCCUGCCGCCCACGCGCGUUCUCCCCAAGUCCAUAGAGGACAUCAUCGCGUCCGUGCAGUCCGAGGCUCAGCUGGCCUCAGAUCAGACCAUCAAAGAGCUCGUACAGAGCGUCCUGGGCCAGAACUACGACGUCACAAUGGAGGAUAUUUCUUUGAUGGAACAAAUGUACCUCAGACCAUCUCAGAUGCAAAUAGAAACAGCCCAGAUGGAAGCAGAGCCGAAGUCACAGAUGAGCACAGAGGAGCCUCCAGUUAAGCAGAAUAUUUACGAGGAGCUUCCUGAAGCGGUGUCAAGCGUCUUCCAGAUAGAGCAGGAGGAUAUUUUAGAAUGGGGAACGUUAGAAGAAGAAAACAUUGCAUUUAAAUCUCAGGAAAUUUCAGACAUCCAGCCAGCAGAGGACUCAAGUAAACCUAAACCUUCGGAAGCUGACCAUCCCGCAGGCGAUACAAAAGCACUCAAACGGGCAUCUUCAAAGGUGAAAUCAUCAGAAAUGUUGCAAAUCAGAGGAAGAGAAGUCAAACGAACACGAAAAAGUCAACCCGUUAUACCACUGAGACCAAGAAUGCCUUUAAGACCUCAUCAGGAUAAAAAACUAAUUAAAAAAAUCCCACAGGGCUUCCGCUUUCCUCAUCUUCAUGACCUGUGCAACAUGGUCCCAGCUGAGGAAUUACCCAUUGAUCUGCGCCUGGCUUCCCGUGUGUAUCACACUCCGAACCAGAAAGGUCACAAUACCCUCCUUAGACUACUGGGAUCAUCAUUCUUAGGUGAUCACUUCGUAGAUGAACAAAGAGAUAGAAUACUGUAUGGAGUUCCUGUUAAAAGUGGAAAACAAAAAUAUGUCAGCGUUGCUCCAAAACCAGAGAAAUCCCCUGAAUUGGCACGAAGAACUCAACAGCACACUCCCAAGCCAGGCCUGCAGCUCUUGGGAGAAGAAGUGACUGCAUAUCCGGGACCUACAAAGAUGUUUUGGAAUCUAACUGCACCCAAAUUCGCUGUUCCAGAGUCUACUAUGAGGGAAAAUUUAUAUCCAAAAUAUGAGUGUGUGCAGACAAGCAGAAUUUUAAGUGAGAAAUUUUUAUCUGAAAGCAAAGAAAGUGUGGUUAUUUUGGACACUUAUAGAAGUUUUAAGUCUUUAAUAAUAAGAAAAUCUGCAUCAUUUCAAAAUAUCUCCAAACAAUCCAGUAUACCAUAUAAGCGAUUAAAGAGAUCACAGUCUGUAGGUGAGUUGAGGAAGAAGGAGACCGUGCCAGCAUUCGUAAUUAAAGAUGACACAAAAAAUAACAUGAAGCAGUUGCUGUUCCAGAAAGCAAGGGGGCUAGAGCGCCAGCUGGCCAGGCAGAGGGGAAUAACAGGUCCCCCCAUGGAAGGGAGCUCUGAAAGCCUGCAGGAGUCACACAGCUUGAAGUACCUGUCUCUGUCUCUCAUCGAAGCAUCAAGAAAGGCUGGCAUCAGCUACAUCAUUUAUCCCAGGAAAAUGAAGAAGAAAUGGAAGAAAGGAUUGAAAUUCCCCAAACUUGCAUAUGUAUAUGAACAGCUGUCCAAACCUCCAAACAAAAUGGAAAGAUCAACAUCUCAUGGAAUACUUCCUGGACAGAAGAAGUACUUGCUUAAAGUUCCAUUAUAUGAACGUCAGAUACGGUGUCCCAGCGUGCCUAUGUUUUUAAAUUUUGAUAAGUUUGUUAAAAGUAAGGGAGGCGUACCAGAAAAUUCUGAUCUUCGGACAUGGGCUCUUGAGACAUUCACUAAAGAUAAACAACAGAAAACACCUCCGCCAGUUAUAGCUGCCCCCCAAGACCUGCCCAAACAAGCAGUCGAAUCACUGAAGCUGGAGCUCAGCGACCACAUUAAGUGUGACCUUCCACUGGAGCUCAUUAAGUAUUAUGAAUCCGAAGUGGAAGCGCUGACUGAAGAGAUAAACCAGGAGAAAAGAAUCCCUGUGUUUGCAUACUGUAGGCGUGGGGCUAUUUAUAGAAAGCUGGGAAAGUUGCAAAGUGCCAUGAAUGAUCUACAGGAAACCAUAUUUAUGGAGCCAUUGUUUUUAAACGCCUAUUGGCACAGACAUUUCAUUUAUCUUUUCCAAGACAGAAUAAAUGAUGCUUUGGAUGACUUGAACUAUAUAAAUAAAUAUAAUAAAAACAAUGCAGAGGUAUAUGUGUCAAAGGCAGAAAUUUUCAGGGAAAAAAAGGACUUCACACUGGCAAUUCUAAAUUACAGCCAGGCAAUUAAGUGCAGGCCCACAGAUGCUGACCUCUAUUUCAGGAGGGGUGAGAUGUAUGAAAGAACAAACAGAGUACUGGCCAUUGACGACUAUUCUAAAUGUAUUUAUCUUGACCCCAAAAGGACAGAUGCAUUAAUGAAACGUGGAAUAUUUUACUAUGAAAAUGAAAACUGGAUUGGAGCUAUAUAUGAUUUCACAUCUUUGUUAAAAUUAGAGCCCCAAAAUUCUCAAGCAAGGACAUACCGAGGGAAAGCAUAUUUUAGAAGAAAUUUUUAUAAACAAGCAACUCAAGACUUUUCUGUUGCUAUCCACUUAGAUCCUAAUAACUGGUUAGCACUCUACUAUCGAGCUUGCUUGUUUAGAAAGAGUAACCCUUACAAAGCACUGCAGGAUUACAGCGUUUCAGCUCUCAUAAAUGAUGGUUAUGAGAAUCUUAGCUGUUUUCUACAUCGGGGCAUAGUCUAUACACAUCUAAAACUUUGGAUGCUGGCAAUUUGUGACUUUGAAACUGUUAUCGCUCUAGAAAGAACUUCUAUUUUGGCUUAUAUAAAUAUUGGCCUCAUACAUCUCCUACACCUGGAUAAUUACACUGAAGCCUUUCGGAAAUUUUCUGAGGCAAUUAAAAUUGAUCCUUUAUAUAUUCAAAGCUAUAUUUGUAGAGCAGAAACCUAUAAUAAGCUGCAUAAAUUGAAAAAUGCAGUAAGUGAAUUAUCUCGUGCUAUCCACCUUCAGCCAGAUGGAAUCCAAUUAUAUUUAAUAAGAGGACAGUAUCUUCUUAUGAUGAAGUGUUACGAUCUUGCAAAGUUCACUAUUUAUCAAGUAGCGGAAAUGAACAAAGGCCUCAUUGAGUUGAGUCCAAUACAGCAAGCUGUCAUUUACUUAUUUUGUGAAAACCAUGACAAGGCCAUCCAGGUCUUGGACGGGGUCACCUGCAACAGGCCAGAGAUCGCCACGUAUGCACUCUUAGCAAAAGCACAAAUGAAGGCUAAGAAAACCAAGGAAGCUGUGAGAAUAUUUAAGAAGGCGUUGGAAAUAUAUGCUCAUUCCGACAAAGGACCUCAUGCCACUGCUAUUUCAGCGGACUGUCUUUAUAACCUGGGUCUCUGCUACAUGGAGGAAGGAAGCUUACAAAUGGCUUUUGAUUCUUUUACAAAAUCUGUGAAGGCAAAUCCUGAAUUUGCAGAAGCCUUUUAUCAACGAGGGCUUUGUAAAAUAAAACUCAACAGGGAUAAUUCAAUUCUGGAUUUUAAUCGGGCAAUUACCCUCAAUCCCAAGCAUUACCAGUCAUAUUUAAGCCGAGUAGCCUAUUAUGGUUUAAAGGGCAGAUACUCCAAAGCAAUUUUGAAUUGUAACGAGGCCAUCAGACUUUAUCCUGAGAGUGUGCAUGCCUACAUCUGCAGAGGAGUUCUGAAAUACUACAACAAGAGUUAUAAGCUCGCUAUUACAGACUUGACUACAGCUAUCAACAUGGACAAGAACAGUUAUAUAGCAUUUUAUAACAGAGCACUGUGUUACACCAAAAUAAGGGAACUUGAGAUGGCACUAAGAGAUUAUGGAAUUGUGCUGCUGCUUGAAGCUGCAGAAACUAUAACAUUAAAUAGCUACAUUAACCGUGGACUCAUCUACACUGAACAAGAGCACUAUGGCUUUGCAUUGGAGGAUUUUAAACAAGCUGCACUGAUAAGCCAGACUAGUGUGAGCCUUUGUCAAGCUACCGCCAUGUGCCACCACAGAAUUAAAGAGUUUGAAGAAGCUAUUGAUUUCUUUACCAAGGUUAUUAAAAUGAAUGUAUGUUUUCUGGAUGCUUAUGUUGGACGAGGGAAUUCUUACAUGGAGUUUGGACAUGAGGAAGCCACCAAACUAGCACAGAAAGACUUUGUGAAAGCACUGCAUAUCAAUCCAUCAUGUCGGAAAGCCAGAAUUAGUCUAGGUUAUAAUUUGCAGGCCCAAGGAAAAUUCCAGAAAGCUUGGAAUCAUUUCACUAUUGCCAUAGAAGCUGAUCCAAAGAACUACUUGGCCUAUGAGGGACGAGCUGUGGUUUGUCUUCAGAUGAGUAAUAGUUUUGCUGCGAUUCAGGAUAUUAACACUGCCUUAAAGAUCAAUACUACAGCAGAGUUCUUAACGAAUCGUGGUGUCAUUCAUGAGUUUAUGGGUCAGCAGCAGAAUGCAAUGAGAGACUAUCAGGCUGCGAUUUCUCUGGACCCCAAGUGCGCACUGGCUCACUUUAACGCUGGGAACAUCUACUUCCAUCACAGGCAGUUCUCUCAGGCCAGUGACUACUUUUCAAAAGCUCUACAGUUUAAUCCAAAAAACGACUAUGCUCUCAUGAAUCGAGCUGUUGCAAACACAAUGUUAGAGAAAUAUGAAGAAGCAAAAGAAGAUUUUUCACGUGCAAUUGAAAACUGUCCCAAUUGGGCUGCAUUGUAUUUUAAUAGAGCAAGUUUCUAUUUCUGUUUGAAGCAGUAUGAGUUAGCUGAAGAAGACCUCAGCAAAGCCCUGUCUUUGAAGCCUGAUGAGGCUCUCAUGUAUUAUCUCAGAGCUGAAGUUCGUGGCAAAAUAGGACGGAUGGAAGAAGCCAUGGCUGAUUAUAACCAAGCACUUGAUCUUGAAGAAUAUGUCUCAACUAAAUGA